AUGGCCGAGAUGUCACCUCAACAAGCCGCUCCGCAAGAUGGUGAGAAGCGAUGCUUCAUAUGUCUCAUGGACGAGAACGAGUCCGGCUCCUCCGAGUCCGCCUGGGUCAACCCGUGCCCUUGCACCCUCGAGGGCCACCAGGACUGCAUGAUCCAGUGGGUGACGGAGCUGGAGCGCGAGGGAAAGGAGAUCCAAUGCCCAGUCUGCAAGGCAACUGUUCACAUCGACGAGCCCUUUGAUCCAGCGCUUGCUCUCAACAAUCAGAUCUACAAGACGUUCAGCAAAGUUUCACCGGGACUCAUUCUCGGAGGUCUCGGCGCGGGCACGUGGGUCGGUCUCGCUAUGUACGGGAACAUCGCGGUGCGCGUCUUUGCGGGUCCCGAGGCGACCUAUCGAUUUUUCUUCAACGAUAGCAAUCCUAGGGGAAUACCCAUGGUGAACUGGGUUCAUGUUGCUAUCCUACCUACGAUCGCGCCUGCCCUGAUCUUGGGCCAGUCGUUCCCCGUCCUGGGCAAUGUCUUCUUCAUGCCCGCGGCAGCAUUGUAUGGCGUCUUUCACAUGGCGCGCGACGACCAUUUCUUCUCCUGGCCGCCCUCUCCCCAACUGGCCGCAGCAUGUUUCCCGUACAUCAGAGCCGUAUAUAACAACUUCUACCACGAGUUUGUGUGCCCGUACGAGCGGAGGUGGGAGCGCAGGAUAGCAGGUCUGCCUGAACCAGUGGCACCGCCAGCGAACAACAGGCCCAACGGGAACCGUCAGCGCCGGGCUAGGAACAACGACGGCGGUCGGAACGUCGGCAUUGUGGGAGGUCUGCUUGGUGCAGCCAUCGACAUGCUGGACAUUCCCGACGUUGCAAUGGAAGUUGAACUCGAGGAAGUCGAAAUGGGAGAAGAGGAAGGUGUCGCCCGCGUCGAGAUUCUUGUGGAGGAGCUCGAAGAGGAUGAUGCCGAGAGGGAAAACGCAGUCAGGGAGCUCGCGGAUGCUAUUGUUGAGCCGGAGCCGCGCCCGGAUGCCCAGCCGCAGCAGCAAGAAAACGACCAACCAGCGGCGGCGCAGCAACCCGCGCAGCCGGCACCCGUAGCCCCGCGCCAGCGCGGCAUCCAAGCUAGCCUCCGGGACGUCACAAAUGCUCUGGCGAGCACACUACUUCUGCCUGUACUCUCGGCUGGCAUGGGCGAGCUCCUUCGCUUGGUUCUGCCCAAGCACUGGACCACACCGGUUGGCGGAUUUGGUCGGUUCAAGGUGCGGACCGGUCUGCUACAGGACCAAUGGGGCCGGAAUCUUGUCGGCGGCUGCAUGUACAUCGUGCUUCGCGACGCUUUCCGGCUGUACACCAAGUACCGUAUGGCCCAGAACAAGCCGCUGCGCAAAAUUCGAAACGUGGACCGACGGAGGAACCAAAGCUCGUCCACUUCGUUAUGA